UGGGUACGAGACACGUUGUCCGUCAAUCAGCUUUUGCAAAACUCGUGUGCAAUAAACAUUGGCGUCUGUUAUACAGGUGCUGAAAAAACAACAGAGACUUCAUAAACACAUCGGACCACUGGCUAGUCGUCGGAAAUCAGAAUGCCACCGAAAAAAGUCGAGGAACCAGAAAAGAAGCCGCUCAUCGGGCGCAUCGGCACGAAUCUCAAAAUCGGUAUCGUUGGCAUACCGAACGUCGGAAAGUCAACCUUCUUCAACGUCCUGACAAAGAGCCAAGCUGCCGCGGAAAACUUUCCCUUCUGCACCAUCGAUCCGAAUGAGAAUAAGGUACCAGUGCCGGACGCGCGCUUCGACUACCUCUGCGAGUACUUCAAGCCCGCCAGUAAAGUGCCGGCGUUUUUGAACGUCGUCGAUAUCGCCGGUCUCGUGAAGGGCGCCUCCGAGGGCCAGGGCCUCGGCAAUGCCUUUCUGUCACACAUCAAAGCCUGCGACGCCAUCUUCCACCUAUGCCGGGCAUUCGAGGACGACGACGUGACGCACAUUGAGGGUGACGUGAAUCCGGUGAGGGAUCUCGAGAUCAUAAGCGAGGAGUUGCGGCUGAAGGACAUCGAGUUCCUGAACGUCCACCUGGAAAAACUGGAGAAACUCGUGGUCCGAGGAAACGACAAAAAACUCAAGCCCGAAUACGACAUCCUUCUAAAAGUCAAACAGGUCUUGGUGGAUGAUAAAAAUCACAUCAGGUUCCAGGACUGGAGCGUCAAUGACAUCGAGGUGCUCAACAAGUAUCUCUUCCUCACGUCCAAGCCGGUCAUCUACCUCGUGAACCUCUCCGAGAAGGACUACAUCCGCAAGAAGAACAAAUGGCUCAUCAAGAUCAAAGAGUGGGUGGACAAGAACGACCCGGGGGCCAUUCUGAUCCCGUUCAGCGGCGCUUUCGAGAACAAAGUGAUCGACAUGGACGAAGCCGAGCGGACCAAGUACUACGAGGAGUCCAAAGUCACGAGCGCUCUCGAUAAAAUCAUCGUUCAAGGGUACAAGGCUCUACAGCUGCAGUACUUUUUCACCGCCGGACACGAUGAGGUCAAGGCGUGGACGAUCCAGAAAGGAACAAAAGCACCGCAGGCAGCCGGCAGAAUUCACACGGACUUCGAGAAAGGCUUCAUCAUGGCCGAAGUCAUGAAAUACGACGACUUCAAAAACGAAGGGUCCGAAUCGGCGGUAAAAGCGGCCGGCAAGUACAGGCAACAGGGCCGGAAUUACGUCGUGGAAGACGGUGACAUUAUAUUUUUCAAAUUCAACGCGGGAGCUGGACUGAAGGACGCCAAGAAAAAGUGAUACUUGGCGGCCGGUGCAAGCAGCGGGCUUUCAGCGCAGCCAUCCUUGUGCGACUCUUUGAGUGGUUUGUCGGACGUCGUCGCGAGUAUCCGAGGAAAUGCGAUGCAAUCGGCACCGAUACCCAACUGUUUCUUCACAAAAAACGUCUUUUUUCUGUCUAAUCAGCUUCCACAAUUUUUACGAAAUUUUCUUUUUUGUACACGAGAGUGUGUUAUGGUAUGGUUUCGCGUUGUGGUUAAUCGAUGAAACGGUGUUCGUUGCAUUUUUGUUUUAUUUUUCGCUGACGAGUGACUUUAUAAACAUAUACAUUGUUCAACGAGCGAACGAAAAGCUACAGUUACAUUGAAAUUUGUACAACGCAGACUGCAUUUCUUGAUUACACGAGUGUAUUUACUUUUACAAUUUGUUAAAUACAAGUCGACGCAACAAGUUA